AUGGGAGGGUACACCGACCCGAGAAAGAUAAUCCAGGAAUUUUUGCGCAAAGCAAAGGAAGGAGCUAGGGGUGAUCGUGACACAUCAAAAGAAAUGAGAUCUCCAGGCGGGCUCACGUUCCACAUGUACGAAAAGAAUGAUGCGCCAACUGACCUAUUAUUCCUUAUAACACUAUUUCUAGAACGUGGUAACAACAUAAGCAAGAUACUCUUAAAAUGUGAUCCUGAGAUGGGGUCUCUGAUUCGGAGAAAGGCUUCGGCAUAUGAGAUCACCGUGGAGAAGAAGUCGUCAACUGUCCUAGGAAGGCUUAGCAAGGCUGUCUCAAGUUUUCCCCAUUGCCACAGCUGCACUGAUCUUGAAGCAUAA